GUCAUGGCAACCUGAGUCCGAAUUCCAAAGAAGACAAAUCAAUUUUUCACUUACCUAAAAUUACAUCUAUACGUCUUGAGUUAGGGAUAGCAUAAACUGGAACAUAUAUUAUUACUGAAAUGAGUUCCAAACCAUCAGCCACGCGGCUGGAAAUCGAUGAAUCCAUUAUCCACUCGCAGUUAAAGUUUAACAAAGAGGAUGAAGAAUUUCAACAGUUACUUAGCGCCGCCAUUUCAGAAAGGGAUAGUGUACCAGUAGAUGAUUUCCCUUACAAAACUGUCAAGCCAAAACCAGGAUUCUGUGCAAAGACAAAAAACAUAAUAACAUCCCAGAAAAUUUUUGUGAAUAUUUGCCAUACCACAAUCAUCCCGGCUCCAGUUGACAUAACAGAAUCAGAACUUACUCGAAUUUUGGAAUCUGAUGAACCUUCUACCUUCCGGAUUCCAAUGAGCCUUGGAGAAGGACAUGAAGAAGUAGAUAAAUCUGGGCAACCAUGUAUGGCAUAUGAUGUUGCCAUCAACUCCAAAUUUUUUGAAAAAGUGGAGGGCAGUUUGCUUUUCCAAACGUUCCUCAUCACAAUUGCUAUGGAGGGUCUCGAGGAUAAGUACAGCAUGGAACUGGACAAGAACGGAUGGAACAUCUUAAAACAUCGACGCUGCUUUGGGUCAAUGCAAUUACACCGCAUCGAGCAACGCAACGAAAAACCUUACGUGCAAGAAGUACCGAAAAAAUCCCAGUUGAAAGACGUAAACAAUUUGAAGUUGAUCGAAGAGGUAGACCAGAUCAUCCCCAAAACUAAUACGUCCAAGCAGCUUCAAAAUGCGACUCCAUGGUACGCAUUAGUGGGCACACCGGAUGGAAUAAAACUAGUGGUUGCCAGGAUUCCAGUUUUUCAAAGCGAGAUCGGGAAUGUAUCUUUGUCUGUAGUUUCAAACAAUUGCAUUUCCGUGAAAGGGGACGAUGGGCAGACUAUAGCCAAUGUCAGUCUCCCUUACUCAGUUGAUCCUCAAAAAAGCAAAGCCAUCUUUAACAAGACUACCAAAGUUUUGACGGUCCUUCUACCUCUGACAUGAACUACCAUGAAAGAUUUCAUUUCCAUUCGUGUUGUACGAAUAAAAAAUAAGUACAACAAA